UCGCCACUGGUUGUUUUAUUCUGGGACGAAUUCUGUUUCCGAUCUUAAGAUAUCUUCAAGUUCUUAUGAAAACUCGAGACAUUUGAUGUUGGUUUGUAACUUGUGUGGCAAUUAACGCAACCUUCCUGUGAGCCGGUUGCUUGCAUAGCAAGGAACAAAUCCAAUCCAGCAAAGAGAAGCAAAGCAACAUCAUGAGGUGCUAUAAAAACUACUACUUGUCGGUUCUUGUCUCUCUUCUACAAAUUAUGAUCAUCCAUGAUUCAAGAUGUCUCACUCUUUCAAGCUCGUGUCAACCCGUGUGUGGAAAAAUAAAGAUCCCAUACCCUUUUGGAAUCGAAAGCGGUUGCUAUCUCGACGAGUGGUACAGAAUCGAAUGCAGAAACGCUACUUUGCCGUUCCUUAUCAAGAUGGGCAUGGAAGUUGUGAACAUCUCUUUGCCAGGUGGGGAAGAUAGGUUUUAUAAUUCCGAUUCCUACGGGUCAGUUCGUGUCAGAACCCCGAUAACCUCCGUCGGAUGUUCCGGAGAUGGAAACGAGUCUGGAUCGGUUUUGAAUUUGAAGGAUAGCCCUUUCUUCUUAGGGACUGGAAACAGCCUCGUAGCGGUUGGUUGCAACAGCAAGGCGUCGUUGACUAACAUCGAACCCAUCAUGGUGGGAUGCGAGUUGAAUUGCACUGAAACUAGUGCAAGCAAAGAGAUCCCUUUUUUCGACAAAACCGGGUGCUCAAGCGACGCGUUGCCUUAUACUGACACUCAGGUUUGUACGAAAAACAAAGGGGCAGAAGAAAGAAGCUGCAACGGUAACGGAUGCUGCCGCGCUAAUCUACCGUUGGAUGUUGAGGCCCAACAGGUGAUCGGUGUUACAAUAGAGACCUCUGAUAUUCAUGAAAACUCGACAAGCAGAGAAUGCAGAGUCGCUUUCUUAACCGAUGAAGUCUACACGCUAUCGAAUGUGACCAAACCACAGAGCUUCUUUGCUAAAAGGUAUGCUACAGUGACGAUAGGAUGGGUUACUCAGACGAAGAAUCUUUCCUUCAUAAACUCCUUGAGCUGCAAAAAUGAAAAAGAGUACAAUAACAUUACAUAUACUGAUCAACAAAGAACAAGUUGCGUGUGCAACAAUAUCACCAUUUCUGGGACCAAUUAUGCAAGCUGUGGAUGCAACCAAGGUUUUACAGGCAACCCAUACCUCUCUAACGGGUGCCAAGAUAUUGAUGAGUGCAAACUACGCAAACCUUGCCCCCACUGCGUGAAUGUGCCUGGAGGUUUUCAAUGUUCGUUAGAUAGGACUUGGGCAAUAAUUAUGGGAGUAGGUGCAGGUUUUGGCAUCUUAGUCCUAGUAUGUGGAAUUUGGCUGUUGAGAAAGUGUCUUAAGAAGAGAAAAAUGACUAGGAGGAAAAGAAAGUUCUUCAAACGUAACGGGGGACUAUUGUUGCAACAACAAUUAAAUACAAAUAAAGGUAGCGUCGAGAAGACAAGAAUAUUCACCUCGAGAGAGCUUGAAAAGGCCACAGAAAACUUCAGCGUGAACAGAAUACUUGGACAGGGUGGUCAGGGCACUGUGUACAAGGGAAUGCUUGUAGAUGGUCGAACAAUUGCUGUCAAGAAAUCUAAAGCUGUAGAUGAAGACAAACUAGAGGAGUUCAUCAACGAGGUUGUCAUUCUUUCCCAAGUCAACCAUAGACACGUCGUCAAGCUCUUGGGAUGUUGUCUUGAGACAGAGGUUCCUGUUCUGGUUUAUGAGUUUAUCCCCAAUGGAGAGAAGCCUGUAGUAACCCUUUCAGAUUCUCAGGAAAUAAGAGGCUUGGCCGAUCAUUUCAGAGCUGCCAUGAAAGAGAACAAGUUCUUUGAUAUCAUGGAUGCUCGAAUAAGAGAUGCUUGCAAACCGGAACAGGUGGUGGCAGUGGCAAAUCUAGCAAGGAGGUGUUUAAAUUCCAAGGGAAAGAAGCGGCCAUAUAUGAGACAAGUGUUUACAGAGUUAGAGAAGAUAGGCUCAUCUCCGGAGGAUUCAUUGGUAGAGAUUGAAAACGGCGAUGGUGAUGAUGAAGAGGAAGAAGGAAUGAAUAUGUUAGAGAUAACUGAUUCAUGGACCAUUGGUGUUACUGCUCCAGCCCCUAGUACUGUCGCUUCUUCAUCUUUGACAGAUGUUGAACCAUUGUUUCCUCGUCCUACAUGGUGA